AUGUCAUCUGAACGACCCACGUCUCCAGAUGAAAACAUUCCUCUAACUCAAGGCGAAGUUUGAGCUUCUCGUACCCUCCAAGCCUAUUUUCAAUGUUUCAGCUGAAACGAACCAUCCUGGAAUCUCCAUUUUCCGCAGCGUCGCCAAGUUCAAGAAUCCACAUGAAAUUGGUAAUAUUCUUCUUCAUUUUUCGAGGAAAAUGUCUCGUUUCCAGCCAAGGCUCAGUUCGGGGACUCCACUGGGAAGACGAAGCGUGCCCUUCUAUAAAUCGAACCAGCAGGACCAGAACCUCGAAGAAACUUACAUCGGCGAUAUCACACAAGACCCCGUAAAAAAUUUUUUUUCUUUAGAAAAAUAGGUUAUAAAAAUUUUUUUCAGAAAGACGUUUCCGUGCAGGAGGAAACCCCGGAAAGUACAUUGACCGAUGAGACUGUGGUGAGCUUUUUAUUAUACUUUUUCGAAAAUGUGUUAUUUUUUUAGACUGAAGAAUUAAAGUCAGAUGCCGAAAAAACCGCAAUAGACGGCGAUUUCGAAAAUGAAAAUGAUCUCGAUGAGGUUUUUCAUUUUUCCUAUGUCAGAACUGAAGGAAUUUUCUCUUUUUGCAGGCGGUAACUCCGGAAAAUGAAUUCACAUGUGUUACGUCAAGGGAUUCAACGUUGGCUUUCUGAGGAAAAGGUGUCAAUUUUUUUCAAAGAUUAAAUUAGUAUUAAAAAGAAGGAAGAAUAUUUGAGACAUAAUGUCCUAAACGGUAUAUAUUUUUUUCAGCUUGAAUUUUUUUAAUAUCUGCUUAGAAUCUGCCCGAGAAAAUAAUAAAAAAAAGAAAUAUAAAUUUAGGCUACCGUAUCUUUUUUUUUUAAAGUUCCUACGCGAUUUUCAAAUCUGCAUUCUAAACAAGAGUGAAAAAAUUAAAAUUUUUUUUUUGAUAAUUUCUCAUCACUUUAGUUGAAAUUUGAAAAGAUCCUUUCAAAAAUGAAUAAUUGAGGUUGACGUGUGUUUGGCCGACGAACUCGGGCAGUUGGGCCUCGAGCCUCAGAUGCCGUUCAAAUGUUCAACCAAUCCGCCGUCUCCCAUAAACAGUUGCGAAGACGACGAUUUCCCGACCUUCAAAGUUUACAACAAAAAAAAAGUUUUCGAUAAAAUAUUUGUUUAAGCCUCUUCCGAAUUUCAACUACCAGUCUCCUGACGUGAAGUUGCCUCCAACCAUCAACGAAUCUGUGUACGUCAAAACUCGCCUUUCUUUUCAUUGAAAUUAUAUUUAUGAAAUUGAAUUAUGAAAUUAUUUUCAGUGCCGAUUUUAUGAUGGUGGAACAGGAAGUGCAUUUUAAGAUCAUUCAGGAUGAUUUACAGAACCGGAUAAGCGAAUUGGAGAAUGUCAAGGUACUGAGAAAACAUCGGACAGAAUAAUUAGUAGUUCUUCAGACGGAUCUCAUCAUGAAAGUCGAGGGCCGGGAGAUGGAAGUCGAGCUCCUUUUGAAGCAGAUCGAAGCCUUGCAAAAGAAGCUCAAGACUGUGACUAAUGAGAAGAACGCUUCCAUCGAGUCGUUGAAGCAGGAGAUCAGUCAAUUGAAAGAGGUUCGACUUUUUAUCAUGUAACUUCGGAUACAAGCAAAGAAGAACCUGAAAAGAAGAUUUUUUAAAAAAUGCUUUUGAAAAGCUUCGCAGGCUCCUUUUUUCUUAACCUUUCCAGUAGAGAAAAAAAAAGCGGAAAAUGGUGAAAAAAGGAAUUUCAGAGAAAAUUUUGACACUUUUAAGAAACUUGAAGAGAAUCUCUAAUUUCUUUUUUUUUUUUGAGGCCGUUCGGAUUUCGCCCGCGUAUCAAGUUUUCUAUCAUGAUAAACUAAAUUUACUUACUUUGAUACUUUGAUGGUCCAUCUUCGCUGAUGUUCUCAGCGUGGACCACACGUUCUCCAGGCGGCUCGGUCUUGCGCGACGGUCAUCCAGUGGCGGCCUGGCUGACUGAUGUUCUUGCGGAAGUAGUCCGUCCAUCUGGUCGGUGGGCGCCCGAGUGGGCGCUUGAUGUUUCUCGGAAUCCAGUGUGUUAAUCUCGUGGACCAGCGGUCGUCUUGUCUGCGGAUGACGUGGCCGCCCCAGCGAUGUUUCCCGCGUUGUAUGUGCUCUUCUAGAUCCCGGAUUUGGGAUAGUUGACGGAGGUCUGUGCUCCUCUGUUCUUUUUUCCACUGCUCGAAGCGAGUGGUGCCGAUGAGAGCACGUUCCAGUGCGCGGUAGGAAGUUCGUAGGGCGGUUGCAUUUUUCUUCGUGUCAGGCCAAACUUCGGUACCGUAGGAGAUGGCAGGGAUUAUCGACGCUUCGAGGCGCGUGACCGACGGGCGGAGGACUGGGGCCGUCUUGUUGAACGUGUUUUAGCUUUUUUGUGGUCUGGUUAUCCUCGUUGCCUUGCCAGGGCUAGGAGGACCGCCCAUUCUAUUAGCAUAAAGCAAGGCGAACUGCGUGACCGGUGUACCGUUAGCCGCCAUUUAUGACGUUGCCGCCAUAAAUGGUCGUUGAUCCCCAUCACCGCGGAGAGGUGGUACAUGAAGGAGUAAACUAAAUUUAGAUGUUUUAAAUGCUAACUUUUUUUUGAAAAAUUAUUCUAAAAGUCUCUGAUUUUUCUUCUGUUUUCUGAUGGCAGUUUUGACUGUAGCGGAAUUCUUAAAAAACUCAAAAUCAGAAAGUUUAAUCGUAUUUUUUCCAGAAUCUUGGCGCUCACGCGAAUGAUCAAGACGACGAGCUGGCCUUCCUCAAGGUGAGUUAUCUUUUUGAAUCUCCAAAAGAUGAACCGUGUUUCAGGAUCGCCUUGUUCAGACAAAAGAGGAGCUCCUUGGGCUCUCCGAAAAACUGAACGAACACGCCGAUUUCGAGCAGCAACUUGAAGUUUUUAAAGCGGAAUGUGAGACUCUGCGAGCCGAAGUAGCCGAUAGAGCUGUUCUCGAAGGACAGUUGGAGCGUCUGAAACAGCAGACUGAGGUCUCUGGCCAAACUGAAGGCUGUCUGGCGGAAGUGGAAGCGGAACGCGACGGACUCCGACGUGCCCUCGAAGCUCUGCCAGCGCAGCUCUUCGAAGUGCAAGCCCAAGCCGAAGAACUGAAACUCCGUCUCGAAGAGAAGGACGUCCUCAUCGGCGAGUACCAGGAGAAGAACACCUUGCUCGAGAUCAUCCACGCCGAGAUCAAAGAGUCCCAGGAGACGUCGCGCCGCAAGAACGAUGAGCUCGCCGCCAAACUCGAAGACUUCGAGAAGAACAAGAAAGUCCAAGAAGAACAGCUCCAAGCAAGAGAUCAUCUUCUGGAAGACCUCGAGACUCAGCUUGAAGAGUCCGAGGAAGCUCUUCGACGCUAUGCCGAGAAGAUGACUCUCCAGACCCUAGAAAACGAAGAACUUGGAAAGGAGAAGGACGCCUUUGUAGCUCAACACAAGGAGAAAGAAGACCAAAUCUCCAGACUUCAAGCUGAUCUCCAAAGAGCGGAAGAAACCCUCCGACGCCAAUCCGAGGAGGUUUCUGCAAGGCUGGAAGAAACGGAGCAACGCGUCCAAGAACAAGGCAGCCAACUGCUCACUGAACAAGUCCAAGCCAAGCAGAGGCUAAUCGAAGAACUGCAGUCUCAACUAGAGCAGUCCAACGAGGCCAACCGUCGCCAAACCGAAGAACAGACCGCAAAACUCGAAGACUUUGAGAAGAACCGACAGGCCGACUUGGAAAAACUUCAAGCCAAGGACAGCGAAAUCGAAGAAUCCAAGACAGCUCUACGCCUUCACGCUGAACAGUUUGCCGCCAAGCUGGAAGAAAACGAUAAAUUGGCCAGAGAGAAAGAUGCUUUAGCGGCUGAAAUUGAAGAAAAAGAACAACUUCUGCACAAAUUACAAGCCCAACUCCAACAAUUAGAAGAAGAUCUCCAACGCCAAGCCGAGGAAAUGUCUGCGAAGUUGGAGGAAAGCGAAAAGCGUGGUCAAGAAGAGUUGGGUCAGGUUCUCAGGGAGCAGAUUCAAGCCAAAGACAAGCAGUUGGAAGAGCUUCAGGCUCAGCUUCAAGAAUCGAAAGAGACUUUCCGUCGUCAGUCUGAGGAAAUGUUGGCGAAGCUUGAGGAUUCUGAGAAGAACCGGCAGUCCGAAGCAGAACAACUUCAGGCCAAGGAGAAGAUACUUGAAGACCUUCAGUCGAAGUUGGAAGAGUCGAGAGAAGAGCUCCGUCUCCGUGUCGAAGAAAUGAACGGCAGACUGGAGGAGAGCGAGAAACUCGUCUUAGAGAAGGAAGCCUCUGAGGCGGAGAUUCAACAAAAGCAAGAUAUACUCGCCCGGCUCCAAGCCGAACUUCAACAAUCGGAAGAAGCUCUACGAAGACAAGCCGAGGAGAUGGCUGCCAAGUUGGAGGAGAGCGAGAGACAAAUGCGCGCUGAGUUUGAAGCUUCUGAACAGCGCCACGCCGACGUUUUGGUCGAGGUCGAAACUUUGAGGGAUUCCCAGACCGCCAAUGCAGCUCUUCAAGAAGAACUGCUAUCGUUGAAGGCGGUUUUAGCUUCUUACGAGGCUCGUUUCUUUUUUUUCCUUGGAAAAUUGAAGGUUUUGUGGUAGUUAUCAAGGCCUCCUUGAAUCAUGUACGAGAUUGAGGAUCAAAAAUUUUUUCGAGAAUUUGGCAAUUGAAUUGGAAUUUUUUAAAGUAAUAGUUCUCCUUUUUACUCAAAAUUUUUAUAAUUUUGGGAAAUUUUUAUAUCUUUUGAAAUUUAACCUUGGAGCACACUUCAACAGCAUUUAUAGACACAUCUUACAUGCUCUCUUUUCAGGAGAAAGAAGCAGAAAACUUUGAUCUUCUGGCAAAGUUCGAAGUCUCAAAGGCUCACUGUGAGAGUCUACAAGAAGAGGUGGAGCAAAAAAAGACGGAGAACGACUCUCUGAAACAACAAGUGGAGGUGUUGACCGAGGAUCGCCGCGAGCUGGAGCAGUUGAGAUUGCGAUGCGUCCAGUUUGAUGCGGAAGAAGCGGAGAGAAGGGUGAUUCUUGGGAAAAUUAAAAACCAAAACUCUCAUUUCAACUCAGAAGUAUUUAUUUAGAAAAAAAUUAGCUCUUCAGAUAAAUUUUCUUGGGUUUAUCUUUCAAACAGCGAUUUUCAGGAUCAGCACUUGUGCCUUGAAUCUUCAAGAAAACAAAUCGACAAUCUCUUGGCCAACAACGAACUUCUCCAGAAUCAGUGCGAUCGCUAUCGUUCCCAGGAAGAAGAGCUCCUCGGUCAGUGCGAAGAACUCCGCUCCGAGUCUGCGAAAGUCAAAGCCGAACUGGAAGUCCUCCGGGAGACGCAAAAGGAGAAGAUUGGACUUGAAGCCGACGUCGAACAGCUCAGAUCGGAAGCCAUCAAGAACGUGGACCGCCUCAAGGAGCUGGAGCAGGUCGUUCAGUCGACUGUUACGGCCUCCGAAGAGAUGCGACUGCAAAAGGAGAAGCUCGUGGCCGACAACCAAGCCCUACAAGAAGAGCUGACGGCGACUCGAGAAGCGGCGACGGAAGUCGAGAAUCUGCGACUGAGGACGUCGCUCCUGGAGGAAGCCUCGAUGGAGUGCGAUCGACUGCGGAUGGCCGAAGAAGAUGCCCAGAAGAAACUGGCCGACGUCGAGGCUCGACUCGCCGAAAAGGAAGGCGCCAUCCUUUCCCUGGGAGAGAUGUACACGGAGAAGGUAUGGCUAUACGGUAGCAUGACAGAAGCGUUGCAAAGCAAUGUUUUGAUAAAUAACCUUCAUUAAUAGCGUGCCCAUGAAAAAACUCCUCCACUAUUUUUUUUUAGAAAAAUGUCUAUUUUUGACAUUUUUUUUUUUCUGAUUUCUUUAUAAGAGAAAUAUUAGAAUCAGCGGAUGUGUGUGGAGAAAAUUUGAAAAAAGGGGUGAGCUUGAAUUUUUCAAAAGUAACCCAGAGUUGAAAGGGGUUGGGAAUGUGGUGAUGUCUUGAAAAUUGGCCAAAAUUUUCGGAAUUCGCUCAAAAAAAGACAAAGUUGAACAGUUUUAUCGAAAAAUCUCAAGUAACUUUCAAAUUUUCUCACGUUUUCUGAUGUCGGGUCAAAACCUCUACAAAAAAAAAGAUGAAUUCGCGAUUUUGGAACAAUUCAAGAGACUCAUAAUUUUGCAGCUGGAAGCCUUGGCUCUGGAACACUCGAGCAAGUCGGACGAACAAGCAAAAAGAAUGCAAGAAAUGGAAUCGAGACUGUCCGGGAUGAUCCUCUCUCUGAGCGAGAAAUCUUCGGCGACGACGUCUUCUGAAGCCUCGAAAGUUGAAAUUCAAGAUUUGAAGGUUCUCUAUUCUAGUUUUACCCAAGAAAGUCCAAUUUUCAGAAUCAGGUGGCGGCGAUUGAACUGGCCUUGAGGGAGAAAACGGCCGAGAACGAUCGUCUCAAAAUUGUUUUCUCCAUAUUUUUUAAAAUAUAUUUUUAACUUGAUUUUCCCAGGAACUCGAGGAAAUCAAGGGACAACUCCAAAAUGCGAAACAGGCGGAGCAAACGGCCUGCGAUUUGUGUGCAAAUAAAGACUCGACGGUUAGAUUUUAACUUUGAGAAGGAAAAAAAGGGCCAAACUUUUGGUCAAGAAAGUAAACCCCGUUUUUCUUGACUUGAAACUGCUGGUUUUCCUUCUUUUUUUUCUCUGCCUCUCCUCGUCUCUCGGCGACCCUCUCAUGUUGACCUACUGUUUUCACGUUUCUCUGACCUUGGUGAUGGAACAGGGAGACGCAGACAGACAGAUAUUUUCAAGUCAUGGCGAACGGGCUAUGAAAAAUUUAAAAAAAAACUUUUGAUGAGAAAUUCCUGUUCAAACUUGGAACCCAAGACCGCACAGAGAAUGGCUCGGUGCCUAACGGUCGUUUCGAAGCGCGCCAGACCGGAAAUGACUUGCGCUUGAUUGCUUAGCAACUUUUUUUUUUGCACGAGCCAUUUCAAUUGCGUUUUUUGACGAAGUCCUCAAUGAAAUCACAUUUUUAGAUCCAAAAUCUGGAAAAAACGGUCGCCGAGAAGGAUGUCAAACUCGAAGAAGCGUACAAGGUGAGGAAAAAAGAUCUUCUCGGAAUUUCAUAACAACUUUUGAAGUUUUAUUGACCCGAAAAGGGAUUAUGCACAUAUUUUCGAAAAAAAUAAAAAAACGUUUGAAAUUAAUUUUUGUCGGGUUUUUUUCAUUUAUUUUUUUCACUGUUUUUUUUUAUCAAGAACUUAACUUUCUCAUUAAAAGCUUAAUAAAAACUUUUGCCAUACCUCGAGAAAUUAAUUCAUGAAUUCAUCGGAGAGGAGAAGGGACCCAUAAAAAUGAGGAAAUAUCAGUUUGUGUGAAAAAUAAUAUCGAAAUUCUGAUUUUAAAAACAUUUAUAAAUUUGAUAUUUUUAUAGAUGUGCGACGAGUUUGACGAUAUCGAACAGAAGUACGUCACGGAGCAGUACAACCUGAAGAAGAAGAUCCAAGAGUUGCAGACGGAAAAGGUGCAGAAGAAGGAAGUUCAUCUUCUGGACGCCUUGGUUGAAGGGUUUUUCCGUAAAUCAUGAGAAAAACCGCACGUUUUUGCUUUUUUCAGAGUGACCCCGCUGAGCCGCGAAUCUUCGAUGGCCGGUCCGCCGCCGGAAUCUCAGAAAGACGAAGAAUUCGAAGACGCCGAGGAAACUUUGCAGGCCCCCGAGAAGCCUGUCGACUCUCCAAUGAGAGACUUUGUGAGACUUUUAGAAUAAGAGAUACUCUCCACGACUCUAUGUAUUGUCUGGGCUCUCUUUUCUCUAACGAGCCAAAAAAAAUGGAAGCUAUUAAGAGAUACUUGAAAGAUAAUGAACUGAAAUAUUAGCAAAAAGCCAGCCUCGUUUCUCUGGCUUCUCUCCGAGUCAUCUUUGAUCUCUCGUUAUGGAUCAAAUCACUUUUGUAUGGGUUCUAGCCGACUUCAAUUUUAAUAUUUUUAUUCAAAUCACUUCUAGCGAUUAUCACUCGUUUUGAGCUUGGGAAUAGAAGCCAAAUCGACUGUUUCAGAAAAUUUAAAGCUCUAUUGUGCUUCGUUCAUCAUUAGCUUGGGGCAAAAAAGACAUUUUAACAUAUUUCCCGCUUUUUUUCUUAUCUAUGCAAAUUUUCUUAAGCCAUCGGUUGCCAAAAAAAAAAAACAAUGAAAAUCAACUUUUGUGCUAUCUUUGUCUAUGGAGCAUUUUUGAAACGUUUCUGGAGAGCCCUGUUUUUGAGACACUGGUUUCCGUAUAUUUUGAAAAAUGCUCAAAUUUUUCCAAUAACUUCAGCCACCGCCUCUUUAAAAAUGCACUUCUUAAAACGAGUUUUUCAUGCCUGUUCCACCAAUACUCAGAUAGUAUAAAAUCGUCUUGCGUCUUUUUCGAAAUUUAGAUCCAAGUGAACUGGUUAGGGUUCGUACUUCAAUAAGUUUAUUACUGUUACGGUUUUCAUCGACCUUUUGUUCCAGAAGAAGUCGCCUACUCGGUCGGAAGGCGACAAGUCCUUGCUGUCGCGUCUCAACAAGACGGUCGGCACCCCGAACAAGGCGGCCAACGACUCGCGCUGCACUCAGCAAUAG